UUCUUUUAUGCUGUUAAAAUCGUGUCUAAAAAAUAUUAAAAGAAAUUUAUGACGAUAAACUGAAAAUAUUUGAAACUGACAAUUAAAUUCGAGAAAAAAGUAGACAAUGCCAAAUGCCCGCACACUGUGCAGUUGUCAAUUGCAGCGAUAAAUAUGUGCAUGCGGGCAGCAUAUCAUUUCACAGAUUUCCAUUUAAGCGCAAGGACUUGCUGCAGAAAUGGAAGGAGUUUACACAGCGCAGCGGUCAGUGGAUGCCUUCCAAAUGGAGCGCCGUCUGCAGUCGCCACUUCGUGGACAGCGACUUCAAUUGCAGCAACAAUCGCAAAACUCUGAAGAAAAAUGCGGUGCCGACAGUGCGAGUGGCAGACGAUACGUUGAAUGUGCUUGUGGAACAGGUGACACGGGCCACAACGGACACGCAACAGUUGCCAACGACUGGUGGCACGAGAAGCACCUGUCGCUUCUGUGGCAUUGCCGCACUCAAUUGCGUGUCAUUUGACAAGAGCUUCGAGCUGUUUGGCAUGAUACAGAAAUGCUUUCCCACGCUGCAAAUCCUCCAGGAUGACACGCUGCCUUUGCCGAAGGACAUCUGUGGAGACUGCUGCCGUCAACUGGAACGUUUCUCACAAUUCUGUGACGUUGUUAUUGUCGCUCAAGGCGAGCUGCAACGCAAAUACCGUCGGCAGCUGAAGAUCAAGCAGGAGCCGGUGGUCAGGGUGAAGCAGGAGGCAUGCGAAAGUCUCGACAAUCUGUUUCCUGAUGAGCUGGACAUGGGCCUGGAAGAGGGCUGUUGUGAUCAUGAGCCUGAGACGAACGAUGAGACGGAACAAAAGUUUCAAUUCUGCAAUUUUCCCAUGCUCAACGCACAGGACAUCAUCAACAACUGCGACAUUAUGGAGAUCAUCAAUUUGGAUGAUCCGUUCAUCAAUAUAACAGAUGAUGCAGACGUCGCACAGUCGCAACCUGUCAAUGUGCCUGUGCUGCCGCAAGCAGAGCUGCUCAGCGAGGAGCAUAACUACGCCAAGGAGGAUUGGCAGUUGCCUCCACUGCAGCAAUACAAAACAGAGAAGGUGGAAGGUGCCGAGCUGCAGGAGCAGCCGCAAUCGCAAGCCAAUGCUCCAGCUGAGCCGCGCAGCUGCAAGCCAAUCGUAACGAAUGUUAGCCAGAUACCCAAUCCGCUGAUCUGCGAAUUGAUGCCACCGCCGGCGACCACCAAGCCCAACAUUGUGGUGCUCAAUGAUAGCGUGGUGCAGUCCUCUGCUUUUCGCUUGCACAAUUGCACUUUCUGCACUACGAAGUUCUUUACCGCUGAGAGCUUGCAGCAGCAUUAUGCCCUGGCACAUGCCCCGCCUGCGCCUGCAGGCACCGCAACGCCAAUGCCCGUGCCCAUGCCAAUGGUUAGUGUGCCGCCACCCAAUCUCAAUCAGACUGCUCAUAGCUCACUUAAGUUGGAGUGCCCUCCAGCUGCGCCGGGAGCUGGUCAGCCCUUGCCUGCCCCUGUGGAUUACUGGCAAUCGGAUUGGUUGCCCCCGCAGCUGCCUGCCAAAAAGAAGAUUGAUAUCUUGGAUAUGCAGCGGAGUUUUUUGCAAUACAACGAUCUGAUAGCGGAGCCGGCAAUAAGUGCACCUCAGUCCCAGAACUAUGCGUAUGCCAAGCUGGCUGCACGCUUCAGACGUCUGCAGCAUACCUGCCGACAGCUGCGUACGAAUCGAAAAUCCUUGGGGAGCGCGCGUGCUAAUCCUCGCCUGCGCUGCGGCCGCUGUGAUCGUCGUUUUGCCAGCGUGCAGAAGCUGCUGAGCCACAGGCGUCGCAAGCGGCAUUUUGUGCUGCCUCCAAAGCGUACCUUUGCCGUGAAGUGCUUUGGCUGCCUGCGGCUAUUUUGCUCGCGUCUCGGGCUGCGCCAGCACAUGCGCUACAUAUGCCAGUCGCUGCCGUUGCGCAAUGCCCGGCUGCAAAGCUACAAGUGCCGGCAUUGCCAGAGCAUUAGCUUCACUCACUGGCGUUUCUACAGGCGGCACGAGCUCAAGUGUCGCCAGCGGCUGCCCCUAAAGAGAGCAGCCAAGCGACGCUGUCGUCCAGCCGGCCAGCAGGUACAGCAUGCCAAACGAACUGUACACAGCUGCGGCGUCUGUCAGAAGACGUUUAGCUCGCUGACCGGACUGAAGCAGCAUCGCAUCACCCAUACCUCGGAGAGGAGAUACAAGUGCAACAUCUGUGAGCGCGUCUUUAAGCGGCGCAACGGACUCUCUCAGCAUGUCAAGGGCUACCAUCUGCAGCUAAAGCCGCACCAGUGUCCCGUCUGCCAGCACUGCUAUGCUCUCAAGUGCGACAUGCUGCGCUGUCGCCACUCCCAGCGCCGUGGCGCCACCAUCAGCGAACUUGAGCCAACAAAAACAUAACGAAUUCUGGAUACUCUCUCAGAAACUAAACUAAAGCUGUAAAAUGAUUAACUACAUUUAAUUAUUACAUUAUUAUAAGAGUAU